GUUUCAGAACUGUCAGAGUACCGUAUCCGUAGCCUGCUUGGCCAACGAUUUAGUUUUGCCAAAGUUCGUGCAAGGGACUCGCACAGAAACCCUAGCUACGCACAGGUAAAUAUUCAAGAAAAUAGUUCAUAUGUGGUAAUUAUAUGAAGCACCGUAUUUGUUGGGUAGCCAGCCGUCCGCGCUCAUCAUAAACUCAUUAUAAACUCUGGAUUGGUGAUCCAAAGAAGUUCGAAUAAAUGGUGAAGGGAGAAAUUUAAAAACAGAGUAAAUGUAAUUAAUAAAGUAAUAAUUAUAAUAGUUCUGAGGUAUGCAAGUCAAGUAAGGAGUGUUUGCAUGCUUGAGUUAAGUUUUCGAGCUUAAGGCUGGUUUUAAAGAUCAAUUUUCACUAAUACAGUGAGGCAUCACUACAAAACGCGUUUCACAAAUCCUAUAAAAUACUGUACUAGUGCAAAUCAUGGCAAAUACAUAAUGUAAUAUUCCACAAUAUCUAUGACCCAUUAGGGCUACAAACCCCUGGGGCUUUAUAACCAACCAAUAACGGCAUUAUAUAUCAAGUGCCUGAGCUCUUGUGAUUAGUUAGUAUGAUGGAUGACCUAACGAUUACUGGACUUCACGAGACCUUCACAGAACUAACUGGGCAGUGCACAGUUAGUUGAUAUGUGCAUAUUUGCACCUGCCACUGGGUCAAAACUAGCCUCUAGACUCUUUUUACAAUGAUAUAUAUCUUUCCCAGUCACUUUUGUUGUUUUUACAAAAGCGACUUGGAAAGAUAUACAUCCUUGUAAAUACAAAAUAUGUCAAUUAAUGCAAAAAUAAUUGAGGUUUUGAUGCCCUGAAUGGACCUACCAUUAGCGGCCUGUUGAGGGGCGGAGGGAAGGUAGGAGGGGGGAGGGGUGGGGAGGGGAUAAGAGUAGAGCUUUACUCAAGCUUGGACGUUGUGCUGCGGGGCUCAAAAUAACGCCCGGCCAACAUACAAUGUCCGGCCAAAAUAAUCGUUACAGUCAAACCUCUCGGUACGGGCACCUCUAUAAAACGGACACCUCUUUAUUACGGACAGUUCGUUUGGUCCUAGAAAUGCCAAAAAUAUCAUACAUUGCCUACCUCUAUAAUACGGACACCUCUGUAAAGCGGACACUUGUAAUUGGUCCUGUCCCUUUGGUGUCCGUAUUAAUAAGGAUUGACGGUAUUCGCAUAAUACAUGUACAUUUCUAUUGUUUUCCCUUCAUUACCACCAUCACCUCUACAUUUCUAUUGUUCUCUCUCCAGCACCACAUUUCUAUUGUUUUCCCUCCACCACCACCACCGCUACCACCACAUUUCUAUUGUUUUCCCUACACCAUGACCACCAUACAGUCAAACCUCUUUAAUACGGACACCAAAGGGACAGAUUCAAGUGUCCACUUUACAGAAGUGUCCGUAUUAUAGAGGUAGGGAAUGUAUGAUACCAGGAGCCCAUAACCCGGAGCGUUCAACUGCCAUAAAUUCGUGUAACGGCGUUUUUACAAGUGAGUUUAUUUUUAGAUUAGCUUUUCCCGCGAGAAAUAACCGUUCCACGAGGUCAAUUCCUCCAUUUAAUCUUCGUUUAGACUGUUAGUAGCUCGCUUGGACCUUUUCAUAAACGGCUAUUUCGAAGAUGAUUUCGAUUUAAUUCCCUUUGCGCGAAUUAUGCGUUAUCGCCGAUGACGUCCUGGCUAGGUUUUGCAAAUCUUGCUCUGAACUGCUAGUUUCCGUGUAAAUACUAAAAUUGUCGCUUGAAGUACCGUCAGAAGACUCCUUUUCAACGUGAAGGAGUUGUCCUAGUUACGUACUAAAAGUUUAUCAUUGAUGACGCAAUUGCUAGUUAUUGCUUUUCGAAAGCAAUUCGCGGGAAAGGCUUAUCUAAAAAUAAACCUACUUGUGAAAACGCCGUUGCAUAGGCGCAGUAUGGAAGUUAGACGCUCCGGGUUAUGGGCUCCUGAUGAUACCCUAUUUGGCAUUUCUGGGACCAAACGAACUGUCCGUAAUAGAGACGUGUCCGUACCGAGAGGUUUGAUUUACUGUAUUUCUUUUAUUUUCCCAUGUUUAACCAAUGAAACGUUUCUUAUUUUUUGAUCACCCAACCGAAAACCAAGGUAUUUAUCGACCUUUAAGUAACUAGAAAACCUGUCAAACCGGUUAAAACACCUUAAAAUAGCACACGACCUUAUCUUAAUUAGAUUCCGCAGCAUUAUAUUCAUGAGAUAAAGACAAGAAGCUAUGACGCCAUGGGCGUUAAUAUAUUCCUGCGCAAGUUAAUGAAAUUCCUGCGCAUAAAAGGGGUUUAUUAAUUCGGUGCGCCCUAUACGACUUAAAGUGAUUCCUUAGCGAAAGAAUCUAACAUAGAUUGUAGAUGAAACUUGGCACACUGAUGUAACAGGUCAAGGAGACGAUAAAAAUGCAAUAAAAAGUGGGGGUCACCGUGCUCGUUUUCACGUCACAAUGCUGACAAUUACGGCUAUUUAGGACCCUUUGGCAAAAACCGCGCACAGCCCAAAGUUAGACAAAAAGGAUAUAUUUUUUCGAUGAUGCAUGUGGUAUCGCACAGAAUUUGAGUUAGCCUGUGAACAGGCCUUUGGUCGAGCGGGGAACUGGGGAGAGGGAAAAGCGAAAAGGGCUCUCUCCCCCCUCCCUUUCCUCGCUAUUUUUUCCCCAAACAGAGAGCCUGUUCACAGGCUAAAUUUGAGUUAAAUGUAUUGUUUAUCGACUUAAAUACGUACAAGAAAAAUGCCUUUUAAUGCCCUUGUUUUUACUUUACGCUACAAAGUAGCAGACUUAAUUUGGACACGAGCUAUUCGACUCGUUAUAGCUCAAUCCGUGCAACUUAGUAAAAUUGCCAAAAACCUGAACAUAGAUUUAUUACCAUUUUUUUCUCAUUGAAAGGAAGCACUGUUCUUAUCAAAAUCAUGAAAUAAAAAAUAGGGGUCAUCGCACUCGUUUUUGCGAUAGAGCUGCAGAAAGUGCCCCCAAAUGCAUUUCCUCCGAUUUUUGAGCGAGGACUGGGGCGAGUUUUAAAUUGCAUGUAUGAAAGGAAGGGGGAAGAAAGCAUUAAAAAAUCGUUUUAUACAGAAUUUACAUCAACAUAUCACAGUUAGGACGCAAUGUGAUAAAGAUGGCACUAAAAUGAAAUUAAAUCAAAGUGAGUUAGCACAAGCCUAACAUACGCUGUCAAGGUUCUCCUGAGGAAGUCGAACUCACAUUUCCAACACACAAAGUCAGAUCUCGGCAAGAAACAACCGCAAGCGAAAAUUCUAAAAGAGAAGAGAAGAGAGAAACAUAUCGUCAAACUUGUCAAGAAUUGUCUUGAUGGACAAGCUCCAAGUUAUUUCUCAGAUUAUUUUCGACGGCGAACUUAUGAUAUUCAUGACACUCGGUCUAAGGAUAGGUUAGCUAUUGAUAAAGUCAAUCUCGAGUUAACUAAGAGGGCCUUUUUUUAUAGGGGGCUACCCUUUUUUAAUGAUUGUUUUGUUCAUAAGGACCCUACCUUUUUUCAUUGAUUAUAAUUAUGUAAUGUAUCCCAGUUUCGUAUAUAAUUAAUGUUUUUAUCUUUUUAUUUAUAUAUUUUUAUGCAGGACCCAUAUUGAUAGCAGUUUUUAUAAUUGAAUUGGUCAUCCGGUUUACACAUGUUAUUGUUAUUACUAUUAUUAGCGUUUCUCUUCAGUCAACUUCAUUUUAAUAAUGUUACUUCUGAUGCUCUUUUUCACGGCGUUACUGUUAUGCACAGUAAGAAAUGCACAGUCAAUAACUAGCGACUUACCUCAGUUUAACCAUCUGAAAAUACAUGUACAUUGAACAAUUAUUACGGCCACUAUUCACCUCGAUUUCAAAGAAUAAUUGUUUUAGUAUAUACACACGAAGUGAUCUCAACAAAAUCAGAGAGGAAACCAUUAAAACGGUACGAUUUAAAUAAAUAAAUAACGAUUGCAGGUAGCACAUCCACAAAGUGGUUCUUCGUCUACCUGAUUCCUGGUCGAAUCGGAAUUUGGAAAUGUUGGUUUUUGAGGAGAGGGAAAACCGGAGUACCCGGAGAAAAACCUCUCGGAGCAAAGGAGAGAACCAACAACAAACUCAACCCACAUAUGGCGUCGACGCCGGGAUUUGAACCCGGGCCACAUUGGUGGGAGGCGAGUGCUCUCACCACUGCGCCACCAUUGCUCCCGAUUUGAUUGACAGAUCAAAUCACGCGAAAGUUUAAAAUAGAUCUUUGUAGAAUGUUCAAACAUGACAAUUCACAAGUUUAUCACUUCGCAAACAACAGCGUAAUGGCUUAAAUGGAACCGCUGAAAGUUUGAACUGUUUCCUUACCUGACAAGAAAAGUAGAGCUUUGUUGUUUUCUGUUGACUCGCAAAGUUUAUAGCCAAAAGGGUUUAUUGUAUCUUUCUUCGCAUGAAAUGCUGACGACAAAAAUGGCGGCUCGGUUGCUCGAGGUAAGACGUCGUCUUCCUGUAUCAUUCUUUUCCUGUUUACUUGAAACGUAGAAUUACUGCAAACAUUUCCUUUUAAAUUUGUUUGUCAUAAAUAAACUUCGACUAAUAUAUGUUAGCUGUCUGCGGUCACAAAUUUGGAGAAUGCAGUACAGACGUUCACAUUCUAGGGUUUUGUGAAUGCCACUUAGCGGCUGCUAACUGUAUUAAGUUUAGAAACAUCACAGUACGGUUUUUUCACUAAAAAUACUGUAUCGAGUUUUGAUUGGCCGUUUUACUGGCAGCCCCGCGUUACAAGCUUUAUAUCGAGUGCCUCUUGCGAGGCAACACGACGAGCUGGAAAGAAAGCGUUGCAAAUGGGAAAUGUGCUCGCUCGCGUGGAAAUGAGCUGCAAUUUAUUUCAUACAAACUGUAACUGAAUGACGCAUUUCUCAAUUAGUUUAUUCUGAUUUUUCUAUUGCUGUGCUUUGACAUAUUAAGGUAUCAUCCAGGGUAAAAAAUCAUCAUUUUUCUAGAUUUGCAAUUUUUUGACGAUUGAAUAAAGCUCAUCAAGAGCUUUCUUUUAAAAAAAAUUCCAGAAAAAAAAGUUUUUCCUGUGCAGGCUUAAGGAGCGCAAAAGUUUGGCAGUUGAUAAAGGCUGGAUACGAGUUUUUUCUCGAAUCUUUGACUUGAAAUACUUUCUGAAAUAAUCUACUGAUACCUGGCCUCGGUUGUUCAAAGGCUGGAUAGCGCUAUCCACCGGAUAAAUCUCUAUCCAGUGGAUAGUGCAAUUAGUUUCCCCAAUACGUAUCCGCUAGAUAGUGAUUUAUCCGGUGGAUAGCGCUAUCCAACGUUUGAACAACCGGGGCCUGAUGUUCUUCCUUGGACACAUUUUUUACUAGAUCCCAAUCAAACAUGGAGUACACUUUGGAACAAUUAAACUAUUUUAGAGCAUGUUACAUCGCAUUCAACUUAGUUCCCCAAGGGCUUCGAAAAGUCUUCAAACAAGAGUGGGAUUUCCUUUACAAGACAACUCCGUUUGGGGAAUGGAAAGAUAUUUCACAAAAUGGCUGCGAUUUCUACAACAAAGAAUCACGAAAGAGUCACACAAAGAAUGCGCGACUUUUGGCGACAAUACAAAGGGGAAACACAAGUGAGUGGGAUUGCAGUUGCCUAUUUCUUGCUAUUUUGUACUCGGAUUGCAUUGGCAGUACUCUUAGUCCAGCAGUCAGAAAAGAAGUUGACGAUCUCAGACAAGUUCGAAAUGAUAUCGCUCACUUGAACGAGGUUGAACUUACUGAUGCUGAAUUGCAUAAUUAUGUAGCAAGAGUGUUAGCUGCUUUUAAUUCACUGAAGCUUCCUAUAAAUGAAGUUGAUGAUAUAAAAAACCAGACAGACUUUCCAACAGCUCGAGUAAACAGCCUUAAAAUGCAGGCUGAUAAUCUUAAGGCUGAGUUGAAAACCAAAGAACAAGAAAACAAAAAUCUAACCUCGGAAUUACAAUCGACCCAAGCCACAUUACAGACAAAACAGGAAGAAGUAGAAACACUUACUCAGGAAAUCAAUUCCAAAGUCGACUCUUUCUGUACUCUGACAUUCAAGCCAUCACAUAAAAUCAUCAAACGAUCAAGUGAUGUCAAAAGAAUCAUGAAAAAACUGGACGAGAUUUACAACGAAAGUAAUGGAGCUAUCAGCACCAUUUAUCUAUCAGGAAUACCAGGCUGCGGAAAAAGCCAAUUGGCUCGACAACUGGGACAGGACAUUUUCGAUAGGAGGUUGCAUGAGAACGACAGUCUUAUGUUCGUUGCAACCCUAAAUACAGAAACCCUGGAUUCACUUGCAGAGUCCUAUUCCAGUCUGGCAAGACAUUUGGGAAUAACAGAAUACACUCUCACCAACCUCGAGACGUCUACAAAGGGGAACCCAAGAGAAAAAAUCCAGUGUCUGAAGCGAGUCAUUUAUCCAAAGACAAAGCAGUUCUCCAACUGGCUGAUAAUUGCAGAUAAUGUUGUUGACCUAUCGUUGGUUUGUAGGGAUCUGCCUCCGACCGGUAGUGAAGAAUGGGGCCAUGGUCAGGUGCUAAUAACUACUCAAGAUAGCGGCUCAAUACCCUCCAAUGCUCCACUUACUUACCAUGAGUCUCUUAGCAAUGGAAUGCAUCCCGAUGACGCAGUGAACCUAUUACGACAAGUAUCUCAGAUUCAGGAUCAGAACCACGAUGAAAGAGUCGCUGAAGUUCUUGAGUAUCAGCCACUUGCUUUAGCAGCCGCUGCCUUUUAUGUACAAACCAUUGUGGUCAGUGGUUCUCCGAACUACCACUGGAAAGACUACUUGGAAGCACUUUCCCACGGCGAACGUGAAGCGACAGAAAAACUUCUUGCAAACCAGAACAUAGCGUAUUCCAAAACAACAACUACUGCUAUUCAAAUGGCAAUUAUGAGAGCUUUAGAAAGUGAUGACGUUCUUCGAGAAGUAUUGUAUUUGUUUUCCCUAUGCGCACCUGAGUCUCUUCCGAUGGAAGUUGCUGUUGACUUUGUUAAAUUACGUAUCACUGGGGAAACAGAAGAAUUGAUUAAAACUAAACUUUUCAAAGCCUCCUUAUUGUCCUGUUCACACGACAAAGACGGCUCAGAUACCUUUAUAAGGAUGCACAACAUCGUUCAUGAAGUGCUCAAGUCAAUAACAACAUCUAAAAUUGACUCAACAGACAGAGUUCAGUGCAUUUCUGAUGUUAUUAAGAUCUUUCACUCUUUAAUGGAGGAGAACAGAAAUCGGUUACAUUCAAGUAGGCAUAUUUUUGCUAAGUUACGUGUAAUUACGAGUCACUGUAAAGUAUUACACGUAAUUGUUAACACCGAUUUCACUAAAUCAAAAGUACUCCUAACUUCAAUCAACCCUAGAAAGUUAGUUUCGUGGCUUUCUUUAGCCGCUAAUGUUUGCUGUGACCUUAGUAACCCGUCGGAUGCACAUCGUUUUAGUACGUCAAUCUGCAAUUUUGUACAUUUUCUUAAUGAUUUCAAGGGAGACAAAUUGUUAAGAGCGAACAUAUACAGCACACAAGGAAAAGUUUACAAAGAGCUUGGCCAGUACAGUGAAGCUAAAGAAUACUAUGAGAAGGCUCUCAUCAUUAGAAAAGAGAUUUACGGUGAAAAGCAUGGUGGCGUAGCCGCAAGUUACAACAACCUGGGAAUUGUUUACAAUGACCUUUGCCAGUACAGUGAAGCUAAAGAAUACUAUGAGAAGGCUCUCAUCAUUCGAAAAGAGGUUUACGGUGAAAAGCAUGGUGACGUAGCAACAAGUUACAACAACCUGGGAAUUGUUUACAGGGACCUUGGCCAGUACAGUGAAGCUAAAGAAUACUAUGAGAAGGCUCUCAUCAUUAAAAAAGAGGUUUACGGUGAAAAGCAUGGUGACGUAGCAGCAAGUUACAACAACCUGGGAAUUGUUUACAAAGAUCUUGGCCAGUACAGCGAAGCUAAAGAAUACUAUGAGAAGGCUCUCAUCAUUAAAAAAGAGGUUUACGGUGAAAAGCAUGGUGACGUAGCAGCAAGUUACAACAACCUGGGAAUUGUUUACAAAGAUCUUGGCCAGUACAGCGAAGCUAAAGAAUACUAUGAGAAGGCUCUCAUCAUUAGAAAAGAGAUUUACGGUGAAAAGCAUGGUGACGUAGCUGCAAGUUACAACAACCUGGGAAUUGUUUACAAAGAGCUUGGCCAGUACAGCGAAGCUAAAGAAUACUAUGAGAAGGCUCUCAUCAUUAAAAAAAAGAUUUACGGUGAAAAGCAUGGUGACGUAGCAGGAACUUACAACAACCUGGGAAUUGUUUACAGGCACCUUGGCCAGUACAGUGAAGCUAAAGAAUACUAUGAGAAGGCUCUCAUCAUUCGAAAAGAGGUUUACGGUGAAAAGCAUGGUGACGUAGCAGCAAGUUACAACAGCGUGGGAAUUGUUUACAAUGACCUUUGCCAGUACAGUGAAGCUAAAGAAUACUUUGAGAAGGCUCUCAUCAUUAGAAAAGAAAUUUACGGUGAUCAACAUGCUUUGACUGAGCGAACGUUCCGCAACUUA